AUGGCUCCGUCCACCAAGACCCGGAGCGCGAAGACUUUCACUGCGGACGAAAUCAUCAAGCACCACUCAAAGGAAGACUUGGGUGGUCAGGAAGUACUCAUCGACCAAGGCGGCGUUGACGCCACAGAGGCAUUUGAAGAGGUGGGACACAGCGAAGAAGCACGGAAACAACUUGCAGAGUUCUACAUCGGCGAACUGAGGCGGCAGGCCGACGACGAGAAGCUGCUGGGUGCGCGAGGAAAGGCUUACAAGAGCUAUCACGAUGGCUCCACGUCUAGGGGUAUGCCGACUUACGUAUGGGUUUUGAUCGUAGUGGUAGCCAGCAUGCUUGUCAUUCUGGGAUUACAAUUUCAAUUUCUAUAG